CCUGCCAUCAGUGGAGAUCCAGGGGAGGGGAAAUAUACCUGCUCUGUUGUGUCCUAUGUGUACACAUAUGGACCCCUUCACUGCCUUCCUAUAGCAGUGUUUCCCAAGCAGUGCGCAUCCAGCUGUUGAAAACCACAGCUCCCAGCAUGCCCAGAUAGCCAAAAGCUGUCUGGAUAUGCUGGGAGUUGUAGUUUUGCUAUAUCUGUAUGCACCUGCUUGGGAAACACUGCCAUACACACAGCGAUCUCAACCUCCAGCUCAGCUCCUCCCCUGCUGGUCAUGUGAUCAUAGACUCAUACGGAGGCCUGCUGGGGUCAGAGGAAGGACCAGAGUGCAGGUGAACAGUGGAUGAUGGCAUGACAGGCAGGUUACAUAGAGGAUCAGACUCCGCUGACAAAGUAAUGAACCAAUGCCAUCUGGGCAUCAAGUUCUGCAGAGAGAAGAUUUAGCUGGACCCACUGGCAACAAAGAAGACAAGACAUUUCAAGGAUCAGAGGGAGGAUGGCCAGGAGCAGCCGAAUACAACCAACAAACCAAGAAGAUUGGUUCCUAGCAUGCCUUCAAAAUGCCUAGGACAGGAUAAAGAAAACAUUCAGCAAAGAGAAGUUGAAAGGGGUAAUCCAGGAUGAGAAAAUCAGAGCUGAUUUCUUCUGAAAACUGCACCACCUCUGUCCUAAUGUUGUGUGUGAUAUCGCUGCUCAAUUCUUCAAAAGUGAAUGGAGAAAACUUGUAAUAUUACAUACAACAUGAGGACAGGUAUGGUGCUGUUUUUGGAAACAAAUAGCUCUGUUUUCUAUUCCCUUUUAACAAACUCCUAGGAUGCAGCAACAUUCAUCUGAUGGACGGCACAGAAGACUCAUCUACAGCUAUCUUAUUUGUGUUUAUUGUUGACUACUCUACAGAACAGCUAUACAGAAGACUCAUCAACAGCUCUUUUCUUUUGCUUUAUUGUCUACUACUUAUCAGAGCCGCUUUUCAGGUUUGCAUAAAAAUUUUACAUAAAGUUAUGUAAUACAUAAAUAUAGUGUGGGUGAUUUUAGAACAACUUGUCCUGAUGUGAAGCUGAAGAGUGUCCCAUGGCAACCGUUCAGAUCGCUUCUUUCAUCAAAAAAGCUAUAUGAUUGUUUGCUUUAGGCAACCCAACAACCUUUAGAUACAUAAAUGUAUUUCCUCUUCAUGCCACACAGAGGUAAUAAAGGGGCAAUGAAAUAGUAGGGUGAAAAUUAGUAGUAGACAUAGUGGCGGAUCAAGGUGAAAUAAUAUGGCACAGUGGUUAAAAUCAUAUGGGGGGGUGGUUUUAGUAGAUUACUAAAAGGCUCUCAGAUAUUCUACUGUAUUUAAGGGUUUUAUAGUUAAUUACAAUCUUCAUUUAGUACAUGACACUACUCUAUAAUUUAUAAAGAUUUUUUUAGCCUCUAUUCACAAUAGGGAACAUCUUCCACUAAUGGACACUAUUUUAUUCCACGUGAUUCUGCACCAUUCUUAGAUUAUAGUGGAUACUAUCUUAUGCCUCAGUUCAAUAAUGUAAUGCUCUCGCACUAAAAUUAUUUAGAAAGCUUUGUAAAAUUUUGGAAGGGGUUACAUUACUGUACUAGUGAACUAACAUAUUAAUCUUGUAUUUAUUAUUUGAAUGGUGCUUUUUCAAUAAAUAUUAUUUUUCAAAUGUUCUCCUAGAAAAUAGAAACAUAAUGUAAUUUUAAUAUUUUUAUAUAGACAUAUUUAGUAUUUAUUUUAAAAUCCAUUAUUCCAUUUUCUUCUUUAGAAAAUGCCGGGCUGCAUUGUCAACGGUUGCAAGUCAAGGAGCGUAAAAGGCGACCAUAAUAUCAUCAUGCAUUCCUUCCCAAGAGAGAGGGAUCGUAUCAUGGCAUGGCUAUUGGCUACAGAUCAAGAGUUUCCCAAAAUUGAUGAACUGGUUGACCACAUUCAUCUCUCUAAAACGAACAAUUAUCGGCUCUGCUCAGCCCAUUUUAAAACUACUGACUAUACCUUUAAUCCAAAUACAGGAAAACAGAGGCUCACCCCCUUUGCCGUUCCUAGUAUUUUCCCUACACGGGAUAUACAAGUUCAAGCUGCCGAGGCAGUUGAGGCUGAAAUCCUGAAUCCUCAAAAGAGGAAAAGAUUGGAUGAAGACGUAGCUUCAACCAAUGGUUUAAAGCCAGGGGAAAUGUGCCCAACCUGCCGAAAUAUUGUACCUCAUGUUAACCCAACUGAAACGGAGCCACAAGCCUCAGAGAUAACGAAAAAGGAAGCAGCAACUAUAUUUGACAGGAAUUGGGGAACCGGAAAUCAGUGUAUACAAGUAAAACCUACAACUUUCUCUAUAAAAAUACAAUGCAGAAGACUGGUUAAAAAAAAAAUCUUGAGAAAAAAAAAAUCAAGACAAAGCUUGGUAUUUGGAAACCUGCCUUCGGAGCCAUUGCAAGGUGCCAGUGUAAUAUUUUCGACUCCGAAAAAAAAUAUAGGACCAACUGGAUCAGCAACUCUUAACAGUGUACCUGAGUUUCAAGAAAGUUGUAGAGCUAGACACGAACUACUACCUGCCACGCUUUUAUCCGAAUUGACAAUUUCACCUAUACAACCUACUGAAGACCCUGAAGUCACUGUUAUUGUGGAGGAAUCUACUCUGCAUGCCCCUAUAUCUGUUUUAGAAGUAGAUAAAAGUUUAUCAACAAUCACAACUCCAGUCUCAACAAAUGAAAGUAGUUCAAGUGAUGAUGAGGGAGACUCAGUUCAUUCAGAUGAUGAAGACUACGAAGAAGAGGACAGUCAGCAUGUGCUGAGUGAAAAAUUUGUAAAUGUAAAUGUACCACAUCAUGAAGAAAGAAAAUUCAUAGUUUAUGAAAGCUGUUUGGACACAUACUAUACUAUACUAUACAAGAUGCCUUGUACCUCUAAUCCACCCUGCAACAAAAAAAUACUAAGAGUGUAUAAAAAAACAAAGGGAUCAUAUAUUUCAGUCUUUGCUGAAUGCGAGGCCAAACAUUUAAAACGCAUAUGGCAGAGCCAGCCCCGAUUGGGAAAGAAACCAUUUGGAAAUUUAUAGUUAGCUACUGCUAUCAUUACUAGUGGAAACACUUACAUCAAAAUCCAACAGUUCCUAAAAAUAUUUAAUAUUUUGGGAAUUAGCCAGGCUACUUACUACCGUAUCCAAAAAAUAUAUAUAUUUCCUGCAAUUGAAAAUUCUUGGACAAUUUAUCAAAAAUAAGAAAUGGAAAAAAUAUCACAACAUGCAGUAUGUGUUGCUGGAGAUGGACAAUGUGAUUCACCCGGGCACAGUGCAAAAUAUUGCAUAUACACAUUGAUGGAUGUAGAAACUAACAAAAUAUUGAAUUUCAACAUUCAACAAAUCGGUAUUGGUUUAUCCUCUGUUGCCCUUGAAAAAAUAGCGUGCAAGAAUGCCUUGGAAUUUCUACUGCAAAAUAAAGUGGACAUAGACAUCAUUUGCACUGACCGGCACGUAUCCAUCAGAAAAAUGCUGCGUGAGGAAUAUAAAACAAUUGGUCACCAGUUUGAUGUCUGGCACUUAGCUAAAUCUAUUGGAAAAAAAAGCUACUUGCCGUCAGCAAAAAAAAAACUAAAAACUGCCAAGAUUUAGCAGAAUGGAUAGGACCAAUUAA